AUGCGCAUCGAGCGGCGCGAAUGAGCAGGUAUAAAAAGAAAAUCACCGAGCGGCGUGCAAUUUCUGAUCGUUAGGGUUCUUUGCAAUCCCACUGACAACGACACUCUCCUUUUCUAAUAUUCCCAUCAAAUUUCAACCCCAAGAGUCCAAGACUCAACCAAAAAGUUGCCAACUUUCUUGCCUUCCAUUCUUUGAGUUCUUGAAUCAACAAGUCGUAGGAUAAUCUUGAGGAUGCAAGGAAGUGCAGUGAUGGGUUCUGUUCAGCAGCCCAUUUGGGUUAAAGGGUCAUCAGUUUUUCAUCCGAAAGGCUCUGCUGCUGUUGUUGGAUUUCCACAUCAGGCUAGAUUAAGUGUUUUGAAGCCGUGUAGAUGUUCGUCUCAGCUCCAAGCUAGCUUGGUCACUGGGAGGCCACCCUCUUCUGCUUCUGUUCCUGUACCUGAUAUGGGAGGUGAUAUGAUAAACUUUCAAGACAACCCACUGAAUGAAGUUGAUCCGGAAGUUCGGUCCCUUAUCGACAAUGAAAAACAACGGCAGUUCCGAAGCUUAGAGCUUAUUGCCUCGGAGAACUUUACAUACCGAGCAGUGAUGGAAGCCGUUGGUUCAUGUCUCACAAAUAAGUAUUCUGAAGGACUACCAGGCAAGAGGUAUUAUGGAGGAAAUGAGUACAUCGAUGAACUUGAAAUUCUUUGUCAAGAGAGGGCUCUGGCUGCAUUUCACCUAGAUGGGGAGAAGUGGGGCGUAAAUGUUCAGCCAUUAUCGGGUUCCCCAGCAAAUUUUGAAGUUUACACUGCUAUUCUUAAGCCACAUGAUCGCCUAAUGGGGCUGGACUUGCCCCAUGGGGGACACUUGUCCCAUGGGUUCAUGACUCCUAAGAGACGUGUAUCAGGAACAUCAGUUUAUUUUGAAUCUAUGCCUUAUCGGCUCAAUGAAUCAACAGGUCUUGUUGAUUAUGACAUGCUAGAGAAAACAGCUAAUAUCUUUAGGCCAAAGCUAAUUAUUGCUGGUGCCAGUGCUUAUCCUCGAGAUUUUGACUAUCCUCGUAUGAGAAAGAUUGCAGACGCUGUUGGUGCUUUUCUUAUGAUGGAUAUGGCUCACAUAAGUGGACUUGUUGCUGCUUCAGUUGUUGCUGAUCCAUUUGAGUAUUGCGAUAUUGUAACGACGACUACCCAUAAGUCUUUAAGAGGCCCCAGAGGCGGUAUGAUUUUCUUCAAAAAGGACCCUGUUCUUGGUGUUGAUUUAGAAUCUGCUAUCAACAAUGCUGUUUUCCCAGGUUUACAGGGUGGUCCUCAUAACCACACAAUUGGGGGACUUGCAGUCUGCCUGAAGUAUGCGCAGACUCCAGAAUUCAAGGCUUACCAGAAGCAGGUGGUUUCUAACUGUAGAAGUCUUGCUUCUAAACUGAUCAGUCAAGGAUAUGAACUGGUAUCUGACGGGAGUGAUAAUCAUUUGGUCCUUGUGAAUCUCCGGCCAUUUAAUGUCAAUGGUGCUCAGGUAGAAAAAAUUCUUGACAUGGCUUCCAUCACGCUCAAUAAAAAUUCAGUCCCGGGUGAUAAAAGUGCAAUAGUUCCAGGGGGCAUCCGUGUUGGAACUCCAGCCAUGACUACGAGAGGUUUCACAGAGAAAGAUUUCAUGUUGGUCGCAGACUUUAUACACGAGGGGGUGAAAAUCACCCAAGAAGCCAAGAAGUUGUUUUCGACUCCAAAACUUCAAGAUUUUCUCAAGUUCAUAACAUCUCCAGAUUUCCCAUUAAGGGAUCAGGUACUGGACCUGAAAACGAGGGUUGAAGGUUUCGCAACCCAGUUUCCAUUACCUGGUGUAUGAACAAGAAUAUAAAGAAAACUCUGAGUCAUGCCAAUUAUAUGCGGUACUGCUAAUCUGCUAUAUAGUUUUAUGAUGUUUGAGUGGAUCAUUAGAAUAAAGUAUGUUGGAUUUCAUAAUUUAUGAAUUAUUUAGUCUUUAGAAUCAGUUUUUUCUGUU